AUGGCAUUAACUGCUGAAUCCCUCAAAAGCAUCAUUCACGAGAGGCUCAAAGCCAAGCUAGUUCAAGUCGAAGACAUGUCCGGCGGUUGCGGCCAGGCAUUUGCCGUGAUCAUUGUUUCUGACGAGUUUAAAGGUAAAAACAAGCUAAUGAGACAUCGUUUGGUUAACAACGCCUUAAAAGACGAAAUCGCCGCUAUCCAUGCCUUUACGCAAAAAGGCUUUACUCCAGAAGAAUGGAGUGCCCAGGGAGGUAUUCUAUAA